UACAGUCGAAUAUGUCCGUUUUUCUAAAAAGACAAAAGGACUAUACUCCUUUUAAUGUCUAACAAUAUAUAUUAAUUAAGAGGUGAAGUCUCAGAAUUUUUACAGUUGGCAGGACGAAUGUCUUUCGAUUCUGUAUAAGUGAUUGCUUUUCUUUAAAUCUUAAGCAUGAAUAGUUUAGUUAUUCGUUUGCUGUUACUACACUCAAAUAUCCACUGCAUUUUUCAAUAUUUUCUAUAUCUUUGUGGUCAAGUUUUUUCAUCCUAUUGGAUAAUAACUCACUCCUCACUUGUAACUAACAUAUCUAGAAACAGCCUUAUUGAGAGUAAUUAUUCUUGGAGUCAGCGAAGUUAAGAUUAAGUGUAUUCGUUACAUUGUAUCAUGAAUAGAUAGAGGAUAGAAAGUGUGUACCACUGGAUUUCAACUUGGCCAGUGAUUAUGCAGUUGCCGUUUGAUUUGGUGGUCCAUUAUCCAACACAAUAGUGGUUUCCUUAUCUUGAUUUCCAUUUCUGUCUACUUUUACAUACUAAUUUAUCUUAACAGACUUACUUUCACAAUGUGCAGUUAAAUACGCAGCUGCUGAUUACUAAAUAAUCGUAGGAUCUAGUUACUUACUUCUCUCCAAUCAGGAUCAUUUUAACACCUUAAAAAGUUGAAUAUGCACAAAAGCAUUCAGGCAGUUAGAAAGCACUUAAUUUUACGCAUAAAAUUUUUUUAAACUGCUCUCAUUUGUAGAUGGGAUUGGUUCUCACAAUCAUUGACAGCUUGCAAUUGAGAAUGACCCUUACUUAUUAUAUGAGGGUUGAUAAUUCAUAGUUGCUGAAGCUUUGGUGAACGAUUCUGCGUUUGUAUUGGCGAUUUCUUUUUUGGUUAUAAAGUCUAUGCUAGAGAAUGUAUUUAAGUGCUUUUUUUCGAUUAUUUCAUACUAUGUGACUAUCAAGUGAAAAUCAUGCUUCUCAAGACCUCACAUCCACAGUAACCGACAUUAUGGAUCUUCUACACAUCAUUAUUAUUUAUUCAAAUUAAUAACGAGAACUGGUUGUAUAAAACAGUUUAUCUGAACCACGACUGCUAGCGGUUAUGUAUAUAUAUGUUAAUUUGUAGUUUGUUUAAUAUUUGCCUUUUUUUCCUUUUAGGUCUCCAUCAAAAAAUGAGCGAAUUAGAUCAGCUAAGACAAGAGAGUGAACAACUCAAAAAUAUGAUUAGAGAGGCUCGCAAAGCUGCAGCUGAUACCACUUUACUUCAGGCAGCUUCUAAUGUGGAACCUGUUGGGCGAAUUCAAUUGCGUACUCGUCGUACUUUACGUGGCCAUUUGGCUAAAAUUUAUGCGAUGCACUGGAGCACUGAUUCCCGUAAUCUUGUUUCAGCUUCACAAGACGGUAAACUAAUAGUGUGGGAUGGAUAUACUACUAAUAAGGUUCAUGCCAUUCCUUUAAGAAGUAGCUGGGUCAUGACAUGCGCAUAUGCACCUUCCGGUAAUUAUGUUGCAUGCGGGGGUUUAGACAAUAUUUGUUCUAUCUACAACCUUAAAACACGCGAAGGAAAUGUACGUGUUAGUCGUGAACUACCAGGACACACAGGAUACCUGUCGUGUUGUCGUUUCAUUGAUGACAGUCAAAUUGUGACUAGUUCUGGUGAUGUCACCUGUGGACUCUGGGAUAUUGAAACUGGUCAACAGGUCGCUACAUUCACAGGUCAUACAGGCGAUGUCAUGAGUUUGAGUUUAGCUCCUGAUUUGCGAAGUUUUGUUUCAGGUGCUUGUGAUGCAUCUGCAAAGUUAUGGGAUAUACGUGAUGGUCAGUGCAAACAAACAUUCACUGGACAUGAAUCAGAUAUUAAUGCAAUUACUUUCUUUCCGAGUGGUUUGGCUUUUGCUACUGGUAGUGAUGAUGCUACCUGUCGAUUGUUUGAUAUUAGAGCUGAUCAAGAAAUUGGAAUGUUUAGUCACGAUAAUAUUAUUUGUGGAAUAACUAGUGUAGCGUUCAGUAAAAGUGGAAGACUGCUACUUGGUGGAUAUGAUGACUUCAAUUGUAAUAUAUGGGACACUCUUAAACAAGAACGGGCUGGUAUAUUGGCUGGUCAUGAUAAUCGUGUCAGUUGUUUGGGUGUAUCUGAAGAUGGUAUGGCAGUUUGCACAGGAUCAUGGGAUAGCUUCUUGAGAAUAUGGAAUUGAUCAAACUAAGCUGUAUCCCUCAGUAUGAAUAAAUAAAUGAUUCGAUGCCCUUUUUUCUCUCUCCAGUUAUCACCGAUAUCAUUGUUUCUUGUGUCGUUGUUCUUUUUUUCCAAUGCAAAGAAAUAACAAGAGAACAUAUAUAGGAUUGCAAUCAUUUUAUGAAUGAAAAAAUAAUAUUAAUAAUAAUAAUAAUAUUAAGCAUUUGUGGUCUCUUUUUAUCGCUGAUUGUAUCUUUCUAUUUGUUUUGUUUCUCUCUUUUACCGUCCUCCUCCUCCUCACCACCACUACCAUCAUCAUCAAUCAAAUUAAUUCAGUCGACUAUCACACUAAUAUUUUGUUGUCUUUUUUUCUCUCUCUCUGUUCUUUCUUCAUUUUUUUGUGUUUUGUAUUAUUACACAAUAUCAUUGAAUUACAUAUUUUCAAAUUAGGCGGAGUAAAUAACCUUUUUUUCCUGAACUCGAAAUGCAUUCAUAUCUUUAAGAGAGUUGACAGCAAAUUUAUUGUUGAAUUUCUUAUACAAUGUGUAAUCCACACUAUAUGAAUGCACAAAGUAAAUUUGCUCUUGGUUAUUAUACACGUUAAUAUAAAAGCAAUAAUGUGUAUGUGCAAUAAUCUGUGUGUGUCUAUUUAUGUUUGCCAUCGUUUUCCGAUGUGUAUAUGUGUGUGUGCGUGUGCGUGCGUACGUACGUGUGUCUACCUAUUCAAUUCACAACCCAGUCUCUAACUUUGCAUUUUUGUUUUCCUUCACCUAAAUAAACCACAGAAGAAGAAGAAUUCUCAGUCACCACUUUUGUAUUCCUAAUUAUAAUAAUAUUUAGUUGCGCUUUCUUUAUUAUUUAUUAUGUAACGUAUACUGAGAAGAAGAAAAAGAAACAAUGAUGCAUGCAUCAUCCACUGAGAUUUUAAUUCAACAUCUAUUCCGCUAUUAUCAUGACAACAACCUAUAAACUCUUUCUGUUUGCCUUGAAGUUAUACACACAAUUUCUUUUUGUUUUGUUUUGCAUCAUGUGCCUGGCGUGGGUAUAUGUGUAUUCGCUGACAAUGAUCUCAACUCCCUGCCUCCCACUUCGGCCCGCGCACACUACACAUUGCUUUUUAAGAACAAAAAAAAUUCUUCUUAUCACAUUUCUUUUAUUGACGACGAUGUAGUUAUACUUAAUUUUAAGAUUUAAUUUGUGUUAAAAAACGUAAAAAUUUACUGCAUAGUAGACAGGCCACUGCAUUCAUUCAUUGAUUCUCCUUUUUUCUGUUUUGUUCUUGGUGCAUUUCUUUCUUGUGAAAUUAAAUUUGCUCCUUUUAAUUCUUUUUCACAAUUAUUUUAACAACAAACUAGUCCUAAUAUUAUUAUUACUCUUUUUUCUUUCCCCACCACGACCCGACCGCCUCUGCUAAAAUCUCACUUCCCCUUAUGUAUGUGUAUUCAGUAAAGGUAUAUUUUUAUCAUGGAGUUCAAGUAGUCUUGUAUGUCACACAUAAUAUUAAUAUAAUUAUUAAUUGAAUUGUUUAUAUGCCCGGUUAUGAUGAUGAUGAUGAUGAUGAAAACAGCUUUCUCUUUUUCAUGUGUGUAUUAUUUAAAAGUGUAGUUGACACAAAUAAUGAAUACAACUCUCUUCUAAGAAGUUUUUCUUUUUCAAAAUAAGCAAAUAAUACUCCGGGUUGUUAUUAAGAAAAGAGUUGCUGUUUGUUUGGUGUCGAAAAUUCUGGCUACAAGUUAGUUAGUUGUUCUAACACAAAAACAUUGCAGAUGUUGUGUGUGUGAGUACGUCGUCACAUGUUUAUUUGAAAAACAAAAAAAAAUUUCUCUCGUUGAUAAUUUGUAUUCUUUUUCUUCUGUAUUUCCUUCUUCUUUUUUUUUGCUAUAAGACUGGUACUCCUAUUACUACUUUCGUGCUGUUUACAGUUUUAAUUUGCAAUACUCCAGUUUUGGUAAUUUGUUUUAUGUUGUUAACUUGUUUCCUGUUAUGCUGUUGUUCUUCUAGGGGUGUUUUGUUUUCUCUAUCACGUAUCAUACAGUGGAAGAAGAAGGACAGAGCUUGACCCCCUCCCUCCCCCACGUACACACACACACCACGUCUCCAUCCCCGUAACCCUUAUCGAUUUCUUUCCAAAGCUAGCUUUUUGUCUAUAUAUAUAUAUAUAUAUAUAUAUAUAUAUAAUACAUUUGUCACUCCACUACUUUCUUUGUAUUAGUCCUCUCCUUUUAACUUUAGUAUAAAGAGUAAACGAUUUUUUUGGCGCGGGGGGAGGGUGAGUUUUGUUUGUUUCUUUUCUAAAACAAACUAUUGACUUAUGACAUUUACUUGGAAUUAUGUAUUAUUGACAACACUUGUGUUCUCUAGGCUUUCUGACUUUGGUUGACUCGCAGUUGGGGUUGAUGUUUCUUUAUUUUUUGUGUUCAGUUGUGUGUGUGUGUGUUUCUUUUCUUGUGACAUCCGAAGAGACAAACUAUUAUCAUCUUCUUUUAUCCAUCUAUAUAUUUGUGAAGUGUUUUGGAGGAGGUAUGAUUUACAACAACACACACACACACAAAAAUCAACCUGUUUCUUUCUGCAAUUCACCAGGUCUGCAUAAUCCAUAUUAUAUUAAUAUUAUAAAUACUCUAAAGGAUUUUACAUCAAAUUGCAAUAAAACUUUGAAAAGGAAACUGAAAGUAAUUUUAACACUUGUGAUUUUAUCUUUAUUCCUUGUCAUGUUUCAAAAUGAAGUUUCUGCCUGUGUUGGCAAAAAAAUAAAUAUAAUGGUAAUAAUAAUAAUUUUGCAAACAUCAUUAGUAAUAUAAGUGA